GUCACGUGACCCCAACCCCACUCCCUCACAGCCCAGCCUGGUGUGCGGGAGCUGGUCACAGGAGGGGUCUACUCGGGGAGCUUGGUCACUGCCCCUUCUUGUGGUGUGGAGGGCCAAGGCGAAGCUCACGGCCCGGCCCCCCUCGUUCGGCCUGCGAGCCAGGAUCCUGCCUGCCUGUCCCGCGCCGCGCCCACCGGGAUGUUUCGCCAGUGGUCGGUGGCGUCGGGGCCGGCUCCCCGAAGGCCUGAACCCCAGGCGGCAGCCGACGAGCUGUGGGAGCAAGAGGUGGAGCGGCUGUGCGCCUCCCGGGAGCCGCUGCGGACGCUGCCCUACGCCAUGGCUGACAAGCGCUUCAUCCGGGAACUGCGGGAGCCCGAGGGGAUGAAGACCUCCUGCCGGCAGCGGUGGCACCGCAGGUCGAAGGUGGCGCGACAGCACCUGACCGAGGCGGCGCAGCGGCUGGCCCGUGGCUUCGGGCUCUGGGAGGGAGCUCUCUACGAAAUCGGGGGCCUCUUCGGGACCGGUAUCCAGUCCUACUUCACUUUCCUCCGCUUCCUGCUGCUGCUCAACCUGCUGACCCUGUUGCUGACCGCCUGCUUGGUGCUGUGGCCCCUGCUCUGGCUCCGCCCCCCUGAGCCGGGCCCUGCCCUGAAUCUGACGGACCUCCAGUGCUCUGGCAGCCACCUGCCCCAGAGUGGCAUUCCAAGGUUCCACAACCCACUGUGGAAUAUUUUAACUGGCAGGGCCUUCAACAACACCUAUCUCUUCUACGGCGCCUAUCGGGCAGGGCCAGAGGGCAGCUCAGCAUACAGCAUCCGCCUGGCCUACCUCCUUAGCCCCAUGGUCUGCCUGCUCCUCUGCUUCUGCGGGACGCUGCGGCGGAUGGCAGAGGGGUUUCCACAGCAGUCGCUCCUGGGUCAGGGCUACAGGGCCCCCCUCAGUGCCAAAGUGUUCUCCUCCUGGGACUUCUGCAUCCGGGUUCGGGAAGCCGCCACCAUCAAGAAGCACGAAAUCAGCAAUGAACUGAAGGUGGAGCUGGAAGAGGGCCACCGCCUGGAGCUGGCUCAACAGCGGACGCGGGCCCAGAAGGCCUGCCAUCUGCUCACCUACCUUCGAACCAACAUCCUCUUUGCACUCCUUGUGGUCGGGGCCAUCAGCGCCAUCUUCUGGGCCACUAAGUACUCACAGGACAACAAGGAGGAGUCCCUUUUUCUGGUGCUCCAGUACCUGCCCCCUGGAGUCAUCUCCCUGGUCAACUUCCUGGGUCCCCAACUGUUCACAGUGCUGGUCCAGCUGGAGGACUAUUCUCCUAGCACCGAGGUCAACCUCACCCUCAUCUGGUGCGUGGUGCUGAAGCUGGCCAGUUUGGGGAUGUUCUCCUUCUCCCUGGGCCAGACUGUGCUUUGCAUAGGCAGGAACAAGACCAGCUGCGAGCGCUACGGGUACGACGCCUGCGACUACCGGUGCUGGGAGAACUCGGUGGGCGAAGAGUUAUACAAAUUAACCAUCUUCAACUUCCUGCUCACCGUGGCCUUCGCCUUCCUGGUCAGCCUGCCCCGGAGGCUGCUAGUGGAGCGCUUCUCAGACCGGUUCUGGACUUGGCUGGACCGGGAGGAGUUCCUGGUGCCCAAGAAUGUGCUGGACAUCGUGGCUGCACAGACCAUCACCUGGAUGGGCCUCUUCUACUGCCCCCUGCUCCCGCUGCUUAACAGUGUCUUCCUGUUUCUCACCUUCUACAUCAAGAAGGUGAGGGGGUUGGGACAGGCAGCCCCUGCGCAUCCUGAGCGCUUCAUCACAGAACACUCGGGUAAGCCCUGUUACCCGCACCUCCAGUACACCCUCCUGAGGAACUCCAGGGUAUCCCCAAGGCUUUUCCGAGCGUCCAGCACCACUUUCUUCUUCCAACUGGUCCUGCUCUUCGGCUUGCUCUUGGCUGCUGCUCCUCUGGCCUACGUCAUCAGCAGCACCCACUCCUCCUGGGACUGCGGCCUCUUCACCAACUAUUCGGCCCCCUGGCAGGUGGUACCGGAGCUGGUGGCCCUCCAGCUUCCGCUCCCUGGCCAGCGUGCCCUCCACUACCUUGGCUCCCAUGCCUUCAGCUUCCCCCUCCUUAUCCUGCUCAGCCUGGUUCUGACUGUGUGCAUCUCCCAGUCCCGGGCGAACGCCAGAGCUAUCCAUGGGCUGCGCAAGCAACUGACGUGGCAGGUCCAGGAGAAGUGGCACCUGGUGGACGACCUGUCGCGGUUGCUGCCGGAGCUGAGCCCGGAGCCCGAGUCCCCUCACUCUCGAGCUUCGCGUCCACGGUCCUUCUGCCCGGGGUUCCCGUGCCCAGGCUCACCUGGUCCCCGGACACCCCGGCUGGGACCCUCCACCAGGCUGAGCUCCUCAAGCUCUGGUGCCUCGGUUCCCGCCUCCAGAUUUCACUUCCCCAGCCACACAGAGCUGUAGCGCCCGCCCCCACCUCCCCUGGCCCUGCCGCAGCUUCCUCCAGGGCCUCCUGCACCCCCACCUCCUUACCCCACAACAUCUGGCCUGCGGAACCACUGCGUACUGGGCCUGUGUCAGGUUCACCAAAGCGGGCCACAUCCUCAGGUCAGCAGGAAGAAUGUGAGAAUCUCUACCUCCGUUUUAUUUGUAUCUCAUCCCUUCAAAUGUUUUGAGUGUUUUAUAGUGUACAUAAUAGUGUGUAUAUUAAGUUAAAGAUGCGAUUUAUAAAUGUACUUUUUUUU